AUGGGCAAAGAUGAGGAUGAAAAUUUUAAGCAAAAAUAUGAAGCAAUGAAGAAGCUAAACGAGCAACAACGAAAUCGAUUGGAAAAUUUGGAGAAGAACCUUUUAAAAGCGACUGAUCUUCAAAAUCAAAUCGAGCAGCAGCGAAAUAACAUGAAUCAGACGACCCGUUCCGUAGCUGAGGAUGAGAUGAGUCUGGUCGAGUCAGAAAUUGCUGCGCAAAGGGAAAUGCUAAAAGAAGCGGAUACCACCCUCAACAGCAUUUUGAACAAAAUGGAAGACGAUGUUGUCGACGUUUCCGAACGUGAUCCGGACAUUCGCGAGCUUCGAAAGUUCUUGAGCGAGCAAAACCGUCAGACAAAAGAAAAGCUUCAAGAGUCGCAAGCCGAAGUUGACAAAAUAGAACGCGAAAAGCGAGAUCUUGAGAAACAAUUCAAAAAGUACAAAGAGGAGGCAGAAAAUCAAAUGGCCAGAAUGAGAUCGCAGCAGCAGAGCUUGAGGAAAAUGGAGAGUCCGAAGAAAGUUGAUAAGCGUACUGAUGAGGCGCUCAGAAAUGAACAAGUGAGAAUGGCGCUGGAAGAGAAAAUGGCAGAGAUGUGGCAGCCUGAAGCUAGGGUUUUAGAUAAACAAAUGUGGAAGGCCCUUUUUUGA